ACAGCCGUCAGUUGAGCAACGGAGAACAGAAUGGGUUUUGGUUGUGUCAUCUCCAAAAAUACUCCUAAUUUUAAGUACCAUUCUGUAAACUGAAUAUUAAUAAGCUUUUAUGUCAUGCAACCACUUUCGUUUCGUAAUGGUAUAUAUUUGUAAAUCAGGGCCAUGUUAAAAAUCAAUGGUAUUAGAUUGUUGAAAAGGAAUGUGAGGUUAUGUUCCUCACAUUUUGCUAUUUAUAAUAAAAAUAACGAUUACUAUUCUUUUUGGUCAUGUAAUAGAACCAUUAACAAUGAUUUACUUCAAUUGAGACAUUUUUCAUUGCAGUCUACUGUAGAAUCAAUAGUAAAAACCCAAACAGGUAUUUUCAAAACUUUAUCGGAGAGUACCCCCGUUGAAUAUGCCCAAAAGUUUUUGUUAACUGUACAUGACACUACAGGCUUACCAUGGUGGGCUUCAGUAGUUUGUUCGACUAUUCUUUUACGCACGUGUGUUACCUUACCCUUAGCUAUUUACCAGCAUUAUAUUUUGGCAAAGGUAGAAAACUUAAAACUUGAAAUGCCUAAGAUAGUUAAAGAGUUAAAGCAUGAAAUUGCUUUAGCUAUCAGAAUGUACAACUGGGAUGAAAAAACUGCUAGAAUAACAUUUAACAGAUCUGUAAGGAAACAGUGGAAUGAUUUAAUAGUACGAGAAAACUGCCAUCCGUUUAAAGCUAGUCUUCUGUUAUGGUUCCAAAUCCCAAUGUGGAUUUCUCUGUCUGUAGCAAUAAGGAAUUUAGUAUAUAUGCUACCGAAUCGUGAUUUGGAUGCUAAACUGAUUUUUACAGAAUUAUCAGUGGGUGGAUUUGCUUUUAUACCUAAUCUGAUAGAGACGGAUUCUUCGUUAAUACUACCAGUGGUCUUAGGAAUCACCAAUUUAGCAAUUAUAGAGUUGCAAGUUUUAUCAAGAACAAACGCUCCUUCAAAGUUGCAAAGAUAUAUAACAAAUUCUUUUAGAGGGUUUAGCAUAAUUAUGGUCCCUAUCGCAGCUUCAGUACCAUCAUGCCUUACAUUAUACUGGACAACUUCAAGUGUUUAUGGGUUGGUACAAAAUUUAGUACUACUUUCCCCAAAAGUUAAAAGAUUUUGUAAAAUACCGAAGACAGUUAUUGAAUUACAGCAUCCAUAUCAACAAGUAGUUAUAGGAAUUAAAAAUAAAUUUAAUUUUGUGCAAAGAUAAUAAAUAUG